UCUGCUAAUCUUCAUCUCGGUCAUUUGGGUCACCGGCUUGCUCUUGUGGGUAUUUUUAUUAUUUAUGUUGACGUGGCAUAUCCUCAGUGGAAUAUACUUAAAGAAUUGCACGAGCAGCUACAACCCGGUAAUUUUCUCAGCCAAUUCCAACGGAAACGGGAAAGCAAAUCUCGCUUUGGUCUCUCCUCAGGAAAAGGAAAAGGGAAAGGGAAAUCUCAAUUCCAAUACAAAACACAAACACUCUUUUCGUGCUUCACCUCAAAAUGGGAGCAUAGCUGUAACUGGAAGAUUUACUGUUAAAAUGUCAAUUGUGAAGCCAUUAAAGAAGUUAGCAUCGUGUGUUAUCCUUGAUUUGGAUGGGACGCUUAUUAAUACAGAUGCCCUUUUAAGUGAUGUUUUAGGCGGUUUCUUGAGUAAGUAUGGAAAGCAAUGGGAUGGGAGAGAAGUUCAUAAGACUUUAGGAAAGACACCACUUGAAGCUGCGGCUGCUAUUGUGGAAGCUUAUGAUCUUCCCUGCACUACAAAUGAAUUUAUUUCAGCAAUCAACCCACUUUACUCUGAGAAGUGGUGCAACAUCAAAGCACAGCCGGGUGCCAAUCGUUUAAUUAAGCAUUUUGGUGGUCAUGGGGUCUCAAUGGCAUUGGCUUCAAACUCUCCAAGGGUAAAUAUAGAAGGAAAAAUUUCUUUUCAUCAAGGAUGGAAGGAAUCCUUCUCUGUCAUCAUUGGUGGUGAUGAAGUGGCAUCUGGGAAACCAUCUCCUGAUAUAUAUCUUGAAGCAGCUAAAAAGCUAAAUGUUGAACCCUCCAGCUGCCUAGUCAUUGAGGAUUCUAUACCAGGUGUUACCGCUGGUAAGGCUGCUGGAAUGGAAGUAGUUGCUGUACCAUCCAUUCCCAAACAAUCCAAUCUUUACACUUCAGCGGAUGAGGUGAUCAACUCUCUGCUUGAUUUGAAACCUGAAAAGUGGGGCUUACCUCCAUUUCAAGAUUGGGUAGAGGGUACUUUGCCAAUAGAAUCUUGGUACAUAGGUGGACCUGUCAUUAAGGGGCUUGGUCGGGGCUCAAAGGUACUUGGGAUUCCUACAGCUAAUCUAUCUACCGAAGGUUAUUCAACUGUCCUUUCAGAGCAUCCCUCGGGGGUAUAUUUUGGUUGGGCUGGAUUAUCAACCAAAGGUGUUUUUAAAAUGGUCAUGAGUAUUGGGUGGAAUCCAUAUUUUAACAACCCAGAAAAGACCAUAGAGCCAUGGUUGCUUCAUGACUUUGCUGAAGAUUUCUAUGGAGAGGAUUUGCGUCUUGUUAUUGUUGGUUAUAUACGACCUGAGGCCAAUUUUUCGAGCAUUGAGAGCCUGAUAGCAAAGAUUCAUGAGGACGGAAGAACUGCAGAGAAAGCUCUUGAUCUUCCAAUAUAUUCAACUUACAGGGAUGAUCCAUAUUUGAAAAGCUGUGUCAAGGAUAGCAGUAAUUUAUAAAUUUCGUGAAAUAUAUUAUGCCAACCCCAUUGGCUAUAAUGGUAAUGGAGCUGUUUCCCCUUCAUUUGAUAAAUAAAAAUGAUAAUGGAGCUGUUUUUUCUUCAUUUGAUAAAGAAAACCGACUGUAACCCUGAUAUUCUUUUAUUUUGAUGAGGUUCUUUGCGAGUCCCAAGAACACAAAUGGGUCUAAUGUACCGUGGGAAAACAUCAUUUCAAUGUAUUGUUACAAUUCAUAUAUGAGUAGCAACAAAGAAAAAUAAUCAUUUAACUGA